AUGCAGUCGCCGGCGAGCAACCAGAGCUCGUUCCCUUCACACCACCAACAACCGCCAUACAAGAGCGAGGAUGCAGCCCAGGCCACAGCUGCCGCAGCACUGUCGCAGCAGGAUGCGCCAGCAUCUACACCUGAAGCUGGGAGGAAGCGGAAGGCGACUGGUCAACCAGGGAGUCGGGGUGUGGCCAACCUGACACCAGAGCAGCUGGCGAAGAAGCGCGCAAACGACCGCGAGGCGCAGAGGGCCAUCAGAGAACGAACGAAGAACACCAUCGACAGUCUCGCGGCUCGCAUCAGAGAGCUGGAGAGCCAGCAGCCCUUCCAAGAGCUACAGAAAGUGGUCGCCGAGCGAGACAGGGCGCUUGCAGAAUGCGAGGAGCUGAAGAAGAAGCUGGCUCAUGUGGCGAGUGUGGUCAAUGUGCCCGAGCAGCAGCAGCAAGCUCAGCAGGGCCAUCAACAACCUCCACCCAACUUGCAUGGUACGUAUGAUCUAUUCGAGCAGUUCAUUGAUACCGCCUUGCUUACAAAGAACCGCAAUACAGAGCUGGCAGCUCUGACGGCACAGCAAAGCCCGCUACCUUCCGCGGGCACGACUGGUGCGGGAGCUCAGCAGUAUCCAGCUGUUCAACGAAGUCCAGGUGCUCCGGCCUCGUUCUACGAACAACAACACAUCCACCCGGACUUGAGAUCGCCCCAUUCAGCAGCUCAACAUAGCCCGGCCAGCCAGUCAGCCACUUCUGGGACACCCACCUACCAUGGAGAUACUGCCUCUCUCCGAAAAUGGUCGCCUGGUCUGGAGCAGCACUCACAUCCAGCGCAACAUCCUCCACCGAACGGCAUUACGUACGAGCAACGCCAGCCACCACGAGCGCCAAUGCAGCCGCAAGGUAAUGGCGAGCGAUUGGAUCUGGCGUACGUGCUAGAGCCUUCUUCUGGAGGUCCCACUUCCGCGCCCCAACAUCAAUCGCCCCCCUCUUUGGAGCCGCCUUUGCAUACCCGCUUGCCAAAGAACUGCCCUCCGACCUGCCCACUAGACUUUCUUCUGGUGGACUUCCUUACAGGCAGACGGCAACAGAUCGCCAAAGGCGUUCCCAUGCAUGAAGUGGCAGGACCAGAGUAUCCAUCGCUGCUCGCUUUCAAAGACCCGGAGGCACCGCAAAGUCAUGGCUAUCAUCCGGUGUCAGCUCUUCUGGUCGACAUCUUGUCCAAGUUUCCGGACAUUUCCAUGCUUCCGGAGAAAGUGGCUGUUCUCUACAUCAUGUUCCUCAUUCUACGAUGGCAAAUAUGUCCUUGUGAGCGGUGCUACCAGAGACUGCCGGAUUGGGUGAAGCCCACUCCUGGCCAGCUGAAUACUGAGCAUGCUGCAUGGCAUGAUCAUGUGCCUUGGCCAAUCAUCCGCCAACGUCUAAUAGCAUCCCACCCCGUCGACUUCGAAGAGUUUUUUAUUCCUUUUUGCAACCGACUGGAUCUGAACUGGCCCUACGAGAACGACCAGGUCCUGAUCUACAACCGGAAUGCUACGAAGCCCGAGGAUGCGGUGCAGAUGAACCCCGACUUUGAGGCUCACUUACGGGACCUGUCGAACUGGAGCAUGGGUUCCAUCUUUCAGUCUCAAUUUCCUUACCUAAUCGAUGAAAGUGUCAGGAUCCAGGACGCGCGACGAUCGAGCUAG